AAAAAGAAAAAGAAAAAGAAAAGGGACCAUCGCUAUGGCGCCAAGUCUCUUCACGCUCUCUCCCACCACACCCAUCGCCUCUCCCCCUCCUCUCCCCCAUCUCCGGCCCCACCCACCUCUCCCCUCCUCCCUCUCCCUCUCCGGCGCCGGCGUCGGCGGCGGCGGGGGGCGGCGGAGGAGGAGAGCGGCGGAGGUGGUGAGGCCGAGGGCGGGGGGGCCGAGCACGAACAGCCUCAUCCUCGCCUUCGUCCUCCCCCUCUCCCUCCUCGCCGGCACCAUCUUCACCGCCGCCCGCGUCGCCGACCAACUCGACGAGAAGUACCUCAACGAGCUUGCGAUGAACAAGGCGAUCAUGGAAGAGAACGAAGCGGCAGCCGAAGAAGAUGGCUAUGAUGACGACAACGACGAUGAAGAAGAAGAAGGAAAUGCCGUCGUUUCGCCGGAGAAAGAGGAGCGAGUGGUUGCUCUUCCGCGUGCUCGGAACAGGCCUAUAAGAGAAGUGUAAGAAUAGCUUUUAGAACAUAAAUGAUAUAUCUUUGCUUGUAGACAGUGAAAUUGGUAUGUUUUGUAGAGAAGCAGCAUAGCAUGAUCCUGUGGUUUCCCCUGGAAAAUACUAUUAUGUUCUCACAUGAAGUUUAGUUUACCAAAGAAAA